AUGGGAUUCUUGAAAUUGAUCACAGGCUCCAAGGCUGGCAAAAGCAAGCACAAGGGUGGAUCCAAGCAGAGAAGGAAACAGAAUGAUGUGGACGCUUCUCUUACCGUCAAUGAAUCACAAGUCUCGAACUCAUCCUUCAAGUUCAGCAAUGAACAAAUUAUUGAGCAGUACAUGGCAGCAAAGAAUCGGCAUGCAUCUGUGGAAGAGUUGCUUGAAUUCUGGACGUCUGAUAAGGCAAAGGCCAAGUUUGAUGAUCAUGGAUCCAUGACAGCUCGCCAGCUUUUGACUGAGAUUAACAAUCUCAAUCAAGGUUUUGAGGACAUGAUGUUCACCUUUGAGUCAAUUGAAGAAGUUGAGCCUGGUGUUGUUCUUGUGGAACAACUGGUUGUCACUGGCACGCAUACAUCAGACCUGAAGUUUAUGGAUUUCCCUGUCAUCCCCAAGACAAACCGUCAUGUGGUGUUGGAUCCUGAGCGCUUGUAUUUCACAGUGAAGAAUGGAAAGAUUACCAAGAUGGAAGACACUGCAUUGGGGAACCUUACGGGCCCACCAGGAAUGUACAUGGCAGUAGGUGGCAAACUGAUCAAGCCAUCUAAACAGGAAAACUGA